CUCUAGCCACCACAACCCUAUUAGGAAAAAAAGUCGCAGCCGUGACAAGUUGCCACCAAAGAAGACGCUUGCAGCCAUGUGGACUUUUCUGGGUAUUGCCACUUUCACCUACUUUUAUAAGAAGUGCGGGGACUUCGUGACCCUGGCCGUCAGAGAGCUCCUGCUCUGCGUGGUAGUGUUCCUGUCGCUGGGCCUGGUGCUGUCCUACCGGAGUCGCUACCGCAGCGGGGGCCUCUUCGGCCGCCCCCAGAGCGGCUCCCAGGCCGCCCUCUUCUCAGUCAUCGGCUUCUUCUGGGCCAAGUCACCUCUUGGGCCAGGAAAGAAGCAGCAGCUGGAGGCCAGGAGGCACAGAAAAGGAAUCCAUAUUUCCGAAACAACCUUAGUAGAAGCAGCUACCUCUACAUCAGCACCUUCCCUGAAUGAUCCAGAAAUUAUCAUCGUGGGAUCCGGUGUACUUGGCUCUGCUCUGGCAGCAGUGCUUUCCAGAGAUGGAAGAAAGGUGACAGUAAUUGAGAGAGAUUUAAAAGAGCCUCACAGAAUAGUUGGAGAAUUUAUGCAGCCCGGAGGUUGCUGUGUUCUUAAAGACCUGGGUCUUGGAGAUGCCCUAGAAGGUAUUGAUGCCCAGUGUUUGAAUGGCUACGUACUUCACGAUCGAGAAAGCAAGUCAGAGGUUCACAUUACUUACCCGCUGUCUGAAAACAGUCAGGUGCAGGGUGGGAGAGCUUUUCAUCAUGGAAAAUUCGUCAUGAAUCUUCGGAAAGCAGCUAUGGCAGAGCCCAAUGCACAGUUCGUUGAAGGUGUCGUACUGCAGUUACUGGAGGAGGAAGAUGCUGUGAUCGGAGUUAAAUACAAAGAUAAAAAGACUGGAGAUAUCAAGGAACUCCAUGCUCCAUUGACUGUUGUAGCAGACGGGAUUUUCUCCAAGUUCAGGAAAAACUUGAUCUCCACUGAAGCUUCAGUUUCAUCUCACUUUGUUGGCUUCCUCAUGAAGAAUGCACCACAGUUUAAACCCAAUUAUGCUGAACUCCUUUUACUUAAUCCAAGCCCAGUUCUCAUCUACCAGAUUUCACCCAGUGAAACUCGAGUACUUGUUGACAUUCGUGGAGAAAAGCCAAGGAAUUUAAGAGAAUACAUGGCUGAACAAAUUUACCCACAGGUACCUGAGCACCUGAAGGAGCCGUUCCUAGAAGCCUCUCAGAAUUCCCCUCUGAAGUCAAUGCCAGCGAGCUUCCUUCCUUCCUCCCCAGUGAACAGACGAGGCGUUGUCCUUCUGGGGGACGCGUACAACGUGAGGCACCCUCUCACUGGCGGGGGCAUGACUGUGGCUCUGAAAGACAUAAAGUUGUGGAGACACCUGCUGAAGGGCAUCCCUGACCUUUAUGAUGAUGCGGCUGUCUUGCAGGCUAAAAAAUCAUUCUAUUGGUCCAGAAAAAGUUCUCAUUCUUUCGUUGUGAAUGUCCUUGCCCAGGCUCUUUAUGAGUUAUUUUCUGCUAGGGAUGAUUCCUUACAUCGGCUAAGAAAAGCCUGUUUUCUUUAUUUCAAACUCGGUGGACGGUGUGUUGCUGGUCCUGUUGGACUGCUUUCCGUAUUGUCUCCAAACCCUCUCGUCUUAAUUGGACACUUCUUUGCUGUCGCAGUCUAUGCCAUGUAUUUUUGCUUUAAAUCGGAACCUUGGAUUACAAAACCCCGAGCCCUUUUCAGUAGUGUCGCUGUAAUUUACAAAGCGUGCUCAGUCAUAUUCCCUCUCAUUUACUCAGAAGUGAAAUACAUGGUUCAUGAAGCUUAAAGGGGAAUCGACUGAACCCACCAAGUCCUGCAAGGCCUUGGAAGCGUGAACAGUGUAUCUAGCUCAGUACUUUACCACUUCUAAAGGGGACCCCUUGGACCAAGAUUGGGAUUGCUUUGUUUUUGAAGGCUUUUUGUAUAUAAGUGUGUAAAUAUAUGCCUUAAUUUACAAUUUAAAAUGAAAGGUAAAAAUAGGCUAGAUAUGUAAAAGAAAUGAUUGUGACCAUAAAUUUGUGCUAACCUGAGGAUUUCAGAAUUUGGGACAAGUCUUGGGGCAUCCAAAUAAAAUGGUGAACCCUC